UCCUCCGGAAGUUCCUCCAGGAGUUCCUCCGGAAGUUCCUCCAGGAGUUCCUCCGGAAGUUCCUCCAGGAGUUCCUCCGGAAGUUCCUCCAGGAGUUCCUCCGGAAGUUCCUCCAGGAGUUCCUCCGGAAGUUCCUCCAGGAGUUCCUCCGGAAGUUCCUCCAGGAGUUCCUCCGGAAGUUCCUCCAGGAGUUCCUCCGGAAGUUCCUCCGGAAGUUCCUCCAGGAGUUCCUCCGGAAGUUCCUCCAGGAGUUCCUCCGGAAGUUCCUCCAGGAGUUCCUCCGGAAGUUCCUCCAGGAGUUCCUCCGGAAGUUCCUCCAGGAGUUCCUCCGGAAGUUCCUCCAGGAGUUCCUCCGGAAGUUCCUCCAGGAGUUCCUCCGGAAGUUCCUCCAGGAGUUCCUCCGGAAGUUCCUCCAGGAGUUCCUCCGGAAGUUCCUCCAGGAGUUCCUCCGGAAGUUCCUCCAGGAGUUCCUCCGGAAGUUCCUCCAGGAGUUCCUCCGGAAGUUCCUCCAGGAGUUCCUCCGGAAGUUCCUCCAGGAGUUCCUCCGGAAGUUCCUCCAGGAGUUCCUCCGGAAGUUCCUCCAGGAGUUCCUCCGGAAGUUCCUCCAGGAGUUCCUCCGGAAGUUCCUCCAGGAAUUCCUCCGGAAGUUCCUCCAGGAGUUCCUCCGGAAGU